AUUUGUGUAGACAGCCAAACACAGAUACAGAGUGAAAGGAAACCAAAAAAAAAAGAAAGAAAAAAUGAGUGAGAAAGGAAAGGAGAUAGUAGUAUUUGAGAAGGAAAUACAAAAAGAAAAAAUGAGAGAGAAAGGGAAGGGGAUAGAGGGGGAUGAGAGGGAGAUGGUGGAUCACUGGAGCCACGAGCAUCCACUUAGUUUGGUGGAUGCUCGUGGAGGAGAAUACUGUUACGGCUGUGAAGUGCGGUUUGGCAGUGGAGAGAGAGCUUAUGGAUGCAGCAUGGAGGGAUGCGAGUAUGAAAAGCUGUUACACGAAGAAUGUGCAGCGAUGGCGAGAGAGAUACGGCAUCCAUUGCACCAGUACCCUCAGGCUCAGCACAUCCUCAUCCAACAACACCAGCCUAAAUAUGCCAUAUGUUACAUCUGUAGACAGAGAAUUCGGUCCAUUCUCUACAGUUGUAGCUUCCGUGGUUAUGGUGAUGAGCAAAUGGCCAACAUCGAUAUCAUACAGCAUCAUCCAAGUCAUCCCGACCAUGAGUUGAAGUUGUUGCAGAGAAGGUCCACCUUUGAGUGCAAUGCUUGCGGCACCAUACACAGCGGGAGUUGGUACGUGUGCACCACAGAUGGCUGUGGAUAUCGGAUCCACCAGAGAUGUGCUUCCUUGCCUCAAAUUAUCAAAAGGGAAUACCAUCCUCACUCUCUUUCUCUCUCUUAUCAUCUCCCACAAGAAUAUACGAAUAUUAGUAUCAGACUUGUGUACAAAAUAUUUAGGUGUUAUAUAUGCCAGAUGAGUAUUCUACCCGAGUGUUGGAUAUAUUAUUGCCAAAUCUGCAGAUAUAUUGUCCACAUCACGUGUGCCUUCAAUGAGCCACUAUGCUGGUUCAAGAUGCACCUGAGAUGCGCACAAGGGGGCGGCGUGAUUGAUGAUGAGGAUCAAAGGUGCAGCGCCAUUCAUCAUCCAAGCCAUCCCUGCCAUGAAUUGAAGUUGUUGAGGAGAAGGUGUUCCUUCAAGUGCGAUGCUUGCUGCACCACACGCAAAGAGAGUUCCUCCUACACAUGCACCAAUGAUGAUUGCCAGUAUUGGAUCCAUGAAAAAUGUGCUUCAUUGCCUCAAAGCUUCAAAAGGGAAGACCACCAUCACUCUCUCUCUUUAUCAUUUGAAGUCCCUUUUGAAUAUCUCAUAUUCAACUACAAAUGUGACGUGUGCAACACAUAUUUGCUACCCAGCUAUUGGAUAUAUCAUUGCCAAAUUUGCAGAUUUAUUGUCCACGUCAAAUGCGCCUUCAACAAGCCGCCUCCUCGCAUCAAUCUUAAUAUUGGGAGAGACAUAAUCCGUCUGCCUGCAAAUGAGGUGGCUGAGGAGCUAAUUACACCUUUUGUGAUGAGAGAAAAAGGAGGAGGAGCAUUCAUGCCUAAUGAUGACGGGGAUGAGUUGGUGAAGCUAAAAUACUAUAAGUUCAUUCAUCACCAACAUCAACUCACUUUACUCUCAUCUGGCGAUCCAAGCCAAGAAGAAGAAGACGAAGAAGACGUGGAGAAUUAUGGAGUGAGAUCAGAAUUGAUAUGUGAUGGGUGCAUCACUCCUAUAUCUUCAUCAAGUAGUAAAUGUUACUACUACAUGAGCUGCAGUGAAUGCAAAUACAAUCUUCACGUGGCAUGCUUUCACUUGCCACCUAACGUCCAAUGUCUUCCAAUCCACGACCAGGAACACCCGCUAGUCCUCCAAUCUUUGGACAAACACCAACCUUGGGAGAUCCAAUAUUGCAGUGCCUGUGGGUAUCCUAUGAAUGGGUUGUUUUACAGUUGUAGAGAGUGCGAGUUCAAAGUAGAUAUCAAGUGCGCUUGUAUGCCGGAUACCAUACUUCACGCAGCUCACCCGCAACAUCUCCUCAAGUGCGUGGCUAAGGAUGACCUACGCAAAGAUAUCAACUCAUCACGCUUGUCAUGUGCUGCUGGUUGUAACUGCUACAACGUGAUCGAUUUCGAUUGUUACAGGUGUUGCAGCAGCAGCUCAUGCGAUUUCAUUGUGCACUUUUUCUGCAGUGUGCUGCCUGCGUCGGUCAGCAGUCGUAGAUGGGACGAGCGCCACCCACUGCUGCUGACGUACGACGCCACUCUCAAUCGUCCUGGCGAUUUCUACUGCGACCAAUGCGAAGAACAAAUGAAUCCCAGGAGUUGGAUGUAUCACUGCCGCAGCUGCGAUAUAUCCUUCCAUCCGCAUUGCUUUCCAACUACGUCCGGCGUGUAUAGAAGCAUCAAGUUGGGGCAGGAAUAUGAUGUAAUUAAUGCAGAAACCCAUCUACACCGUCUCACCUAUCAACUUCUCACCACAAAACGCCGCUGCGACAUUUGUCAUCAUGAUACAUAUGAAAGGGAUGGAUUUUACUGUGCAUUAUGCAACUUCUUCAUUUGUCUCUACGACUGCGGUGAAAAAAUGAUCGAAAAUGGUGACAUGAAGGCCGUUGAUUGAUUGAGAGAAAAUCAUCUGUUUCAGAUAAUUCGUUUAGUACUAUGUCUAGAGACUAGAAUGAUGAUGCUAUACCUUAGCUUGCUGUAUGUGUGUGUGUGUGUGUGUGUUUAGUUCUCCUCAUUUCCAUCCCCCCAAAAAAACCCAUUGUGAUUGAGGUUGUUGGAAGUGGUUUUGAACUGGUUUUUUUUUUCAAAGAUAAAAAUGUGAUUUUACUCAGAAUUGUAGUAGCA